AUGACUAGCGAAAACAUCAGCAGUACAAGCUAUGCCGAUUGCAGUACUUGUGGCCCACCAAAAUUACACGUGCGCUCACUGCCUGAUGGCACAGAGUUUCAAGUGAGCCGCCACGUUAUUGAAACAUGCGAAGUGUUCCGGAAUAUGUUUGCAUGCUGUGACCACGGAGUGGGUGAUAACGACAAGCCUAGGCCCCAGGAAGCAGUUCUCCACUUGGAUGAAACGGAGCAUGCUUUAGCAACUUUGUUCCGCCUCAUUCAAGAACCCCCCGAACCUCCCCCUACGGAGAAUCCAGAUGAAGCGAGACCUCGUUUCAAAUUGCACGCAGGCUCAAUCAUCCCGUUCCCGGUUCUUCCGUCCAUGCUUCAUCUGGCUGAUAAGUAUGGACUUCCGGAAACGAUCAUAUGUUCACUCCACUUGCACGUUCAAGCCAAUGCUUCAAUUAAUCCGCUCCCCGUUUAUGCAUAUGCUACAGCACAUGACUUGCCCAAGAUUGCAGCAGAGGCAAGCGCCCACCUCCUACAUCCCCCAUUCUCGUCAUACACCAAAGAGGAUAUACGAAUUAUUCCCACUGUCACCGCAUACCAUGAGCUUCUGAGGCUCCAUGAAUACCGGAAAUAUAAACUACGAGAUAUACUGCUCAAUGAGGACAUAUUUCCGCACGGAUACGGCACUUGUCCUGUGCACAAGCAGUGGGCCACUCAGCUCUGGGAGCAGAAGCGGGUGUACCUGGCCACCCAAAUCGAAGCAGCCACUGAUAUAGCAGGGGAGAUGCGUGACUUGGCUGCCCAGCUUUCCUCUUGUCCCCUGUGUCGGAAAGCUUUGACAGCUGCCCUAGAUAUGCUCCAGUAUAAAUGUCGGAGAGUGGCAAGAACUGUAGAUUACGUGCCGCAGGGUUACUGGCUCGAUGCAAUCUAA